CAUUUUAGAUGACGUGUUCUUUCAAAAUUAUGUCAAUAAAAACACCAACAACAAUACGGAAACUUUAAAAAACCCGAUUUUUUCAAAAAAUGGAGUAUUUCCGUAGCGGAUUAAGAACCGUUUUGGGUACAGGACAACCAGGAAGUCAACCAACCGGUGCCGAAACAAUCGAACGUUUAGUAAAUCGAGUACAAACCUCAACGCUUCUGGAAGAUCGUCGCGAUGCUUGCAGAGCUUUACGCUCGUUAUCUCGUAAAUAUCGCUUAGAAGUAGGAGCUCAAGGAAUGGAUGCUUUAAGACAAAUUUUGGAGCUGGAUAAAAACGAUACUGAAAUUAUAAGUUAUUGUUUGGAUACUUUGUGUAAUAUAACCUCAAAAGACAGUUUUGAUGAAGAAAACGAGUUUAAUGGGCCAACUAAUAUUAAUGUAGGGGAGCAAUUCGCUGAGAUGUUUAUUAAAAACCCUGAAAAUGUAACAUUGGUUCUUGGAUUUUUAGAGGAAUACGAUUUUAAAGUUAGAUUACCUUCAGUGAAGUUAUUAACGUGUUUAUUAGCUGCCAAACCGAAAGAAAUCCAAGAUAUAGUCUUGGUUAGUCCAAUGGGGGUCUCAAAAUUAAUGGAUUUAUUAUUAGAAAGUCGCGAAGUGAUUCGAAACGACACUUUAUUAUUAUUAAUACAAUUAACGAAAAAUAACGCGAAUAUCCAAAAAAUCGUCGCGUUUGAGAACGCUUUUGAUAAACUUUUUGAGGUUAUAAAACAAGAGGGUUAUAGCGACGGCGGGAUCGUCGUGGAAGAUUGUUUAUUAUUAAUGUUAAAUUUAUUAAAAAAUAACACAAGUAAUAUUAAUUUCUUUAAGGAAGGAUCUUACAUACAAAAAUUAACCCCAAUGUUUGAUCUUCCCAAAAAUAUAGAGGAAAUUGGGUGGAGCCCCCAAAAAGUCUCCAACUUUCAUUGCGUCUUAGAAUUAGUUCGAACGUUAGUCUCGCCUUCAAAUCCAAUUCAAAUUGUGAGUUCGUGUCAAAAAUCGAUGCGAAAUUCGAACCUUUUACAAUCCCUUUGCGACAUUUUAAUGACCGCGGGAAUCCCCGCCGAUAUUUUAACCGAAACCAUCAACACUUUGGCGGAAAUUAUCCGCGGAAAUUUAACGAAUCAAGAGUAUUUUUCGAACGUAACCGCCCCUUCGAACCCGCCAAGACCCGCGAUUGUCGUUCUUUUAAUGACGAUGGUUACUGAGAAGCAAUCUUUUAAUCUCCGAUGUUCCGUUUUGUAUUGUUUCCAAUCGUUUUUGUUUAAAAACGAAAUUGGGCAACAACAAAUCGUUCAAACUUUAUUACCCAGCUCCUCAGGAUCGACGACUUUAACAACGGGGCAAUUAUUAUGCGGGGGGUUAUUUAGUAACGACCCUUUAAGCAAUUGGUUUAGCUCCGUGGCUUUAUCACACACAAUCAUUGAAAACCCCGCCCAAAAAGAACAACUUUUACGAGUGCUUUUAGCAACAACGAUCGGAUCGCAACCUAAUUCCCUUUUACAUCAAUGCACGUUAUUUUUAACACAAACAAAUAAGAUCCAAUCAAAAUUAGGGAUCUUAAUGUUAUUAUCAAUGUGGUUAGCGCAUUGCCCGCAAGGAGUCCAACAAUUCUUAAACGUCCCGGGUUCAAUGGCCUUUUUAACCGCGCAAACCUCCGCGUCAGAAUUCGACAACAACGAGGAAUUAAUCCAAGGAUUAUGCGCUUUUAUUAUGGGGUUAUGCAUCGUUUUUAACGACAACACAAUCGCGAAUUACAACAAAGAGAAUUUAUCGCAAUUAAUCGAAAAGCGAGUUGGGAUCGAGGUGUUUUUGGGAAAAUUGGGCGAAAUUUCGCGGCACGAAAGCUAUUCGAAAGCUUCGAAGCGCCCCCAAGUUAAAGUAGACAACCCGAAUGAAUUAUUAUUAGAAUACGAAUUUUGUAAAUUAUUUAAAGCGUUAGAAGGGGUCGUCAUAAACGCUUUAGGCGUACAAAGGGAAUUAUCAAACGGGAAUUUAACCGAGUUAAGUUUAAGCGAACACGAAAACGCGCUUUUAUUGCAAUACAAAGAUGUAAUUAGAGACCAAGAUAAGCGAUUAAAUGAAGCGAAAAAAGAAAUUGAGUUACUCAAAAACGAAAAAGUUACUUUAACCAUAAAAAUUGAUGAAUUACAACAAUCUUAUUCGCAAUUAAACGAUAGUUACACCUUGUUAAAAGCUCAAUUAUCGACGGGGGCUACAAAUACAACAAAAAAUUUAAUUAUAACAAAUCCCGAUGAUGAGAUUUCGGAGAAAUUAAAAGCUUUGGAGAUUGAAUGUGAAGAAAAGGAUGAGAAAAUUAAUGCGUUAAAGAAAGAUCAAGACGAUUUAUUCGAACUUUUAAGUGAUCAAGAGGUGAAAUUGAGUGCUUUUAAACGAAGACUGAUCGAGCUUGGUGAGGUUAUUAUUGAUCCGGAUUCCGAUAAUGUUUCCGUGGCUUCGGAAACUUAAUUAAAAUGUAAAUGGGGUGAAAUUGUGUGAAAAGAAGCAUUUAUUUGUAUAUUGUAUUUGUUUGUAAAUAAGGAUCAAUGUAAAACAUAAUCGUUUGUUAGGUUUAAAAAGUGUAAUAAGAUAAAUUAAAUUUGAA